GAUUACAUGAAAUUCAUGAAAAAGGAUUCGUUCAUAGAGAUUUUCAUCCAGGCAAUGUAUUAAUUGAUAGUAAUUCUGAAAAACUUUAUAUUACUGAUUUGGGAUUAUGUAGACCCGCGAAUGAAAAAUCAAAAGAAAAGAAAAUUUAUGGGGUCCUACCUUAUGUUGCCCCAGAAGUUUUAAUGGAUUACAUGGAAAACUCAAAUGCAGAUGAAGGAUUUGAAGAGUUACACGGGGUUUACUUAUCCUUAUUAAUGCAAGAGGGUUUUUUCGAUAAACCUUUCCCAGUAAAAAUACAUCCCGGAGCAGUUUACACAA